GGUUGCUUUCGCCAAGUUCUAACCUUCCUCUAGUGUGGCUCAACGGUAAAAUGGAUGAUACAGAAAAACUGCUCACGACCAGUUUUCCACUUCUGAUGGUCUUAUCGGAAAGCAACCAAGUUUUCAAGUGAAACAAUCUUGCUUAUUCUCCUGAGUGACCCUUGAGAGAGAAAUCCUCCCAUUCUGAAUGUCUGCAUGCUGACAUAGAGCGAGAGAGAGAGAAAUUGAAAUUUAUCGAUUGAAUACAUUGGCCUUGACGGUAAAGUGAUUCUGGGACUACUAUGAUACUAUGCCAGGUGCGUUAUUAAUUUUUCGGGUGCCGCUUCAAGAUCUGUAUGCUUUGCGGAAUUCACUCUAUCGCUUUAUGAGCAUAUUGCAAAAUGGUUACGGAGGCACUCUGAUUGGGAUUUCAAAUGACGCCGAACACGUUCCACCCCUUAGAACGCAGCCGCUACUCAAUGUUGGAAUGGGAAUGGUAUAUUUCACUAAACACGAAGACGCAAAACGCUUCUCGUACAACGAACAAUCCUUCAUGAGCGCUGAUUUUCUUAACAACGCAGAGGUUUUCAUUGUCCCGGUGAUUACCCCUUUACUAAUAGGAUCACACCCCACUGCAUUGUUCGUCACAGAGAUACGCAAAUGGGAGAACUACAGUCAACUUCCUGAUCCCAAGCUGAUGCUGACAAUGUUGGCCUGUGGUGCAGUACCGUUGGUGGCAGAUUGUAAGAAAGUUCACUUCAUAAGUGGUUCAGAGGAUAGAAUCUGUGGAAUCCGCAUCAGCCAGUUUCCAAACAAGUCUGCCUUCUAUGAUUGGGUCAAGUCAGAUCGUGGUACAAAGUUCCGCCAAGCAAUUUUGAGAAUACGCAGUCUGACCAACUACAUUGCCACUUUCACGCGAGAAGCUCUCUAAGUUUCUGUUCACAUUAUCAUUUACCCCAUACGUCUGUUUGCUGUCUUUUUGGUGUGCAACGCCGUCCAAUCCGUUCACCUGAGUUUAGAAUUCUUUUCCCGAAAUCCUGGUUUCUUUGUACUUUCCGUUUGUUAUUUUACGAUCAAUUAUCUUCUUGUUUCAUGUCGCA